AUGAGUAUUGAUCUCUCAUUUAAGAAUCUAGAAAUGCUAGAUUAGUCCUUGAAUCUAAAUAAUUAUGUAAUUAUAUUAUUAUAUUAUAAUAUAGACAAUAAUAAAUUUAUAGGGUAACAAUUUUAAGGGUGAAUAAACAUAUAUUCAAUAACUUAAAGUUUAACAUCUUAACUUAUCAUUCAAUAAUAUAGAAUAGAUGUGGUUAUUACCUUCUUCCCUUAUAACAUUGGAAAUCAAUAAUAAUUUGCUAUAAAAUUUAUCAAGUAUUCAAUAAAGAAUAAUAUUAUUAGAUAUCUCUCAUCUCAAAAAUUUGAAAUAGAUUGAUUUAUCCAAUAAUUUAUUACAAAGUGUUCAUUGGUUUAGUAAUUUGACCCAAUUAACUCAUUUAUUUCUAAAAAAUAAUAAAGUAAAAAAAAGAUAAGUAUAUAAUAGAUUAAAACAAUUGAAUAACUUAAGAAUUUACCAUAAUUGAUAGAAGUUGAUUUAGAAUGUAAUGAAUUGAAAAAUGUAGCUGAAGUGCAUUAUCUAGAAACAUAAACAAAAAUAAAUAUAAUAAAUUUAUUUGGUAAUCCUGUAUUUGAAGGAUUGCAAUUAAAAAUAUUAAAUGUAGUUGAAAGUAUAUUAUUUAAUUAAUAAAUAAUUAGAAAAUUGUCAUUGUAGAUCAGAAUAAAUAUAUAAUCAAUCAGAAAUAUGUAAAAAGAGAAAUUAAUAAAUUGAUGAUAUUGAUUUAUUUGAUGAAUAGGCAAGUGAAAAAUAAUCUGAUCUUUAACCUUAAACAAUGACUUAAAAAAAAUAUACAAAAUCUCUAUCUCCUUUGAAUAAAUAAUUACCAUAAUUUUAUGAUCCUAAGUCUAGUAAAUAUGUUACUUUUCAUGAUGUAUUAAGAUAAAAGUAACGUAAUAUCACUAAUACUAAUUAUGAUGUAAAAUAAUAAAAUGUUACAACUACAAAUACUAAUACUACUAUUAAUAAUAGAUAAACUAUGGAUUAAUUAAAAUAAUAAAAUGAAAACUUAAAAAAAGAUUAUAUGAAAUUAAAAUAAAAGUUUGAAUAAUCAUAGAAAUAAAAUUAGAGUUUUUUUCAAGAAAUUGAGAGUUAUAAAGAAUAAUUAAAUGGAUUAUUAUUAUAAUUCAAUAUACCAAUUUAAGAAGAGGAAUCAUCAGUUAGAUCUUUAUUAGAUUAAUUAGAAUUAGGUUUAAUGACUUUUAUUAAAGAUAUGAGAAAAUAAAAUAUAGAAUAAAUAAAUAGUAUGAUGACAAGAAUGGGAAAUAAAGUUAAAGUAAUGAGUAGUUAAAUUGAAAUUACUACUUUAAAAAAAUGUUGUGAAUAUACUGAGAAAAUAAAAAAUAUUGAAUUAGCAUUAUCUAAAUUAGCUGAUGUAGUUGUUGAAUAGUAAUAUCUAAUAAUAUUAUUUUUUUUAGAAAACAAUAAAUAAUAAAACUAUAAAGACAAAGAGUUCAUUCACCAUUAUAGAGAUAAUGUUUAACUACAAGAGUUCAUGGUAAAAAUCCUAGUGAACUUGAUUAAAUGAAAUUGAAAACAUUAUUCUUUAAAUCUCCCAAUGUUCAAUAAUUAGAUAAACCUCUCAAAACUUAAGGAUCUUAAAGUACUAGUUUGUCACAAUAAAUGUUAGAAACUUAAUAAAAAUAAAAGAUUUAUAAGAAAUGA